GGGAGGGGUUGUGAUCAGACGAUAGAGGAGUAGGAAUGGUCGGAGGGGCAUUGUGGUUCGAAGCGGGUUUCCGCUUCCCUCCAGGGCGCUGGGUGAGGCAGUGAGGUUCGACGAGGUAGAGCCGCUAUGUGGCCCCCGGACUCAGAACCGGAGCCCGAUCCAGAAUCCGCGGACGGCCCCCGAAGUGGCCGGACGGUGCCAGGGCUCCGCGCCCUGUUGCCCGCACGCGCCUUCCUCUGCUCUCUCAAAGGCCGCCUCCUGCUGGCCGAGUCGGGUCUUUCAUUCAUUGCCUUCAUCUGCUAUGUGGCGUCCUCAGCAUCUGCCUUCCUCACGGUGCCUCUCCUGGAGUUCCUGUUAGCGGUUUACUUCCUCUUUGCUGACGCCAUGCAGCUGAAUGACAAGUGGCAGGGUUUAUGCUGGCCCAUGAUGGAGGCCAGAGGUGUGGACACACCCCUCUCUCCUCAGGACUUCCUGCGCUGUGUCACCGCUGCCCUCAUAUACUUCGUCAUCUCCAUCACCGCUGUUGCCAAAUAUUCAGACGGGGCUUACAAAGCAGCUGGCGUUUUUGGCUUUUUUGCCACAAUUGUGUUCGCAAUUGACUUCUACUUGAUCUUUAAUGAAGUGGCCAAAUUCCUCAAGCAAGGAGACUCUGGGAACGAGACCACAGCGCAUAGGACAGAAGAAGAGAAUUCCAACUCGGACUCAGACUCUGACUGAAGGCCUGUCUACACCUGGCGACCAGAGCCAUUCGGCCCCUCCACCCAUACUUUCCUGAUGGGGCUCCAGGAGCAUAGCAGGGGAUGCCCAGGGGAGAGCAGACUGAGGAGCCAGGCUCUGGAGAUUACACUCCUGAGGCCUCACUUUCACACCUGGCUGUGUUGGCUUGGCACUGCUGACCCGCACGGUGAAUAUCCUACCUUCUGAUUCUGCCCUGAAGACCUGGAGCCCUUUAAGCUCGCCGCCCACACAGAAGCCCAGCUGAAACGGAGCCAAUCACUGCAGUUCAUGUGGCAGCACGGGGCAGGCUGGGGCCUUUCACUAACAAGGACUAACAAAACCUUAAGCAGGCUGGGCCACCAGCCCCAGUGGGCUCUGUGUGGAGUGCUCCUGUUCACACCUGCACUUUGUUAAAAUGACUUUCAGGAAUUUUUGUUCAAGAAGUUUCCCUCCUCACUGUGAAGCAGAGAAAAACCUAGGUAGCCAACCUAGUCUUCCAUUAUGGGUCUGAGACCUUUUCAGAAAAGAGCCCAAAGAUUUGUUUAUUGGGGCCAACCAGUACAGUGGCAGUGACCAAGUCACAAGUGGCUGGGCAGGCCCAGUCACUCUCCUCCUGGGGACGCUAAAAGACAGUGUUUCCUCUGGACACUUGGGCAGGUCCGUAGUGACGUGGGCCUUCUCUUUGUUUACUUGGGGGCUGAUACUUUCUAUGUGUCUUUAUCGGUGUUUUCUAACUUUUUUUUAAAUAUUUUUUUUAAUACAAAAGCAAUGUAAUGAAUGGCAUUUUCUGUGACCCAAGAGGCCCCCAAAAUAAGCCAGACUUCUGGGUCCAUGCUUUGGGCAUUUGUAACCUUAUUAUCUUGCAUGUGAAUCCCCUCCCUGUAAGAAUGCCACAAUAGAUUAAAACAAACUGACUACAUGCUUGGAGUGUGCCUGACUGAGAAACCCACCCACUGCCUGCAGAAACACCGGGCAGUUACUGCCUGUUUCAAUACAGGCAGACACAGUGAGUGUGUGCGUAUCCGCUCCCGCAUCAUGGGAAGGCAGUAGUUACUCUUCAGUGAGCAUCAGGGUGGCGGCGUGCACCCUCUGCUGGUGCCUUUGCUCAGUCCUGCAGCCAAGGUGGUAAAGGUAAGCACACCCUAGUUAAGUUGGUGUCUGGUAGUAGCCAAAACCUGGGGCUUAGUGGUUUGGAAACUAGUAGAGCAAGGGCCCUCAGCUCAGCUGCCACAAGGAUCCUAGUCAGCAUUCUGGUCACUGUCACUGAAAACGUGUGGAUGGGCAGAGGCAGAGGCAGAGGCUGUGCAGUGCUCUGUAGCCUGGCCAGUUGGCACUUCUACGGUCUGCUUUCAGCCUGUGGCUUGUGGCUCCCCCAAAGAGCAAGCUUGUUGCAGAAGUGGAAUCCAAAGCCUUUGGAGAGACAGAAGAGACUAAAGCAUUUUUUAUAUGUCCAUUUAUUAAACAACUCCUUCAUGACAA